AUGUUGACCUUGGUGGUGCUGGUUGUGCUCUCUGCACUUACAGGAGUUACGGUUCAAUCUCCCGCUCGAUUAUUAGACACCCAGGAACCAGAAUCCUACCAGGAUAACAACAAGAUUCGCCAUCCGCUUUCAUUUGACAAGGACGGAACAUUUCAAAUAUCCAUAUUUGAAGACUUGCACUUUGGAGAGAACGCCUGGGACCAAUGGGGUCCGCAACAAGACAUAAACUCGGUCAAGGUCAUCAACAGCAUCCUCGACAACGAAACGCCGAACCUCGUAGUUCUCAACGGCGACUUAAUCACCGGUGAAAAUACCUAUCUUGAGAACAGCACCGAGUACAUCGACCAGAUUGUCGAGCCGCUGGUUUCCCGAGGUCUAACAUGGGCAUCUACGUAUGGCAAUCACGAUCACAACUUUAACAUUUCUGGAGCAGGGAUACUUGCUCGUGAAAAGAAGUGGCCCAACUCCAGAACCAAAAGCAUGGUUCCUGGCCGCAACGCUGGUGUGACAAACUACUAUCUGCCCGUCUAUUCCGAUGGCUGCAAGACAUGUAACUGCACGCCCGAGAUGAUUCUAUGGUUCUUCGAUUCCCGCGGCGGUUUUUACUUCCGGGAACGAAAUGCCGACGGCAGCCAAGUCGGCCAACCAGACUGGGUCGACGUCUCUGUAGUAAACUGGUUUCAAUCUACAAAUGCCAGAAUCAGACAACGCUUCGGCAAGAUUAUCCCAUCGCUGGCAUUCGUACACAUACCCACCAAUGCAUCCGUGGCUGUACAGACCGAGCAUGGAAGAGAUAGUGUAAACCCCAAUAACGAACCUGGCAUCAACGACGAUUUCCCGCUCGCUCAACAAGCCCAAGGCUGGUGUGAGGACGGAAGCAAUGGCAAAAAUUGCACAUACGGCGGCCAAGACGUGCCCUUUAUGCAAGCCAUCACCACGACACCUGGUCUCAUUGCCAUUUUCUCAGGCCAUGACCAUGGCGCAACAUGGUGCUACAAAUGGGACCACCUAGUUCCCGGAAUGACUGUUGCAGGAAACGGCAUCAACCUCUGCUUCGGCCAGCACUCUGGUUAUGGCGGCUACGGCAACUGGAUCCGCGGAGCCAGACAAGUUCGUCUGUCAAAAGACACAUUCAGCCGGCAGAAGUGGGAGGCCGAAACGUGGAUUCGGCUGGAAAGUGGCUCCGUGGUAGGGAGUGUAAAUCUGAAUGCUACCUAUGGGAAGGACUGGUAUCCAGCUACGCCAAACGACAAGACGUACUGUCCUACCUGUAAUUAUACCGUCAUUACGCCGGGUCCGAGGAGACGCUGA